AUGGAGUCGUUGCAUUGGAUUUGCAUUGCUCUGUUUUUCGGUCUCUGUUUUGGUGCCGACCCAUUUGCCAACUAUGAGUUGGAACUCUCUUAUAUUACUGCUUCCCCACUCGGAGUUCCUCAGCAGGUCAUAUCUGUUAAUGGGAAGUUUCCAGGUCCAGUUAUCAACGUCACAACGAAUUACAAUGUCAUCAUAAAUGUUAAGAACAAAUUGGACGAAAAUAUUUUAAUGACAUGGUCGGGGAUCCAGAUGCGCCGGUCGUCAUGGCAAGACGGGGUUCUGGGCACAAAUUGCCCCAUCCCUCCGAAGUGGAACUGGACCUACCAGUUUCAGGUCAAGGAUCAGAUUGGUAGUUUCUUUUACUUCCCAUCAUUGAACAUGCAGAGAGCAUCCGGUGGAUUCGGCCCAUUUAUCAUCACGAAUCGUAAUAUUAUACCAAUUCCUUUUAGUAUGCCCGAUGGGGAUAUAGUCAUCAUGAUCGGUGAUUGGUAUACUCGCAACCAUACGGCUCUUCGGAAGGCCCUUGACGGUGGGAAAGCUUUGGGAAUGCCAGAUGGAGUUCUUAUCAACGGGAAAGGACCAUACAGAUACAACAGCACGUUUGUUCCUGAUGGCAUUGAUUAUGAGACCAUUAAUGUUGAUCCAGGCAAAACUUACCGUAUACGGGUGCACAAUGUUGGAAUCUCCACUUGUUUGAAUUUUCGGAUUCAGAACCAUAAUUUGCUUUUGGCAGAAACCGAGGGUUAUUACACCUCGCAACAGAACUAUACUAGCUUGGAUAUCCAUGUUGGGCAGUCAUACUCGUUUUUGGUGACCAUGGAUCAGAAUGCAAGUAGUGACUAUUACAUUGUAGCGAGUGCAAGGUUUGUUAAUCAGUCUCUCUGGCAAAGAGUCACUGGUGUUGCUGUUUUGCACUAUUCCAACUCAAAAGGAAAGGCAGCUGGUCCUCUCCCAGACCCUCCAAAUGAUGUUUACGACACAUCAUAUUCUCUGAAUCAGGCAAUGUCCAUCAGGCAAAAUGUAUCUGCCAGUGGAGCUCGUCCUAAUCCACAGGGUUCCUUCCAUUAUGGUUCAAUCAACGUUACUGAUGUUUAUGUGCUCCAGAGUCUACCACCUACAACUAUUGAUGGGAAGCUCCGAGCUUCAUUCAAUAGGAUUUCAUUUGUCAAUCCCGAUACACCAAUACGGCUCGCAGAUGUCUACAAAGUGAAAGGUGCUUACAAGCUUGACUUUCCAACUAAGCCACAGGACAGGCCACCCAGGAUGGAUAGAUCUAUUAUUAACGCUACGUACAAGGGGUUCAUUGAGAUCAUUUUGCAGAAUAAUGACAGUGUCGUUCAGAGCUUCCACAUGGAUGGUUAUUCGUUCUUUGUGGUCGGGAUGGGUUACGGUAUAUGGACCGAGAACAACAGAGGAUCAUACAACAGGUGGGAUGCAAUAUCUCGCUCUACUGUUCAGGUUUUUGUGGGAGGAUGGACCGCAGUCUAUGCAUCUCUUGACAAUGUUGGUGUCUGGAAUUUAAGAGCAGAUAAUCUCGACCGAUGGUAUCUUGGCCAGGAAACAUACAUGAGAAUUGUCAACCCUGAAGAUACAAUCAACAAAACAGAGUUGCCUGUGCCUGAUAAUGCUCUCUAUUGUGGUGCACUUAACAGCAAGCAAAAGCCUCAGAAAACUUCGUCAGCAGCCAUUAUACAUGGUUGCUCAAAGCUAUACUUUGCCCUUCUCGCAGUACUACUUUCUGCUGCAAUUUCCAUCUUAUGA